AUGAUCUCGGCCACGGAAUACGCCACCCGCCACCCACUUAGGUUUUCUCAACGAGAAAUGCAGUACCUCGCCGCGUACGCCCUCGUGGCACUGUCUGGCAAGACGCCGUCGAAGGCGGACGUUCAGGCUGUCCUGAAGGCCGCCGGCGCUCCCGUGGAUGACUCCCGCGUGGAUGCCGUCUUCCAGGAGCUUGAGGGCAAGGACCUCAAUGGGCUGAUGACCGAGGGCCGCACGAAGCUGGUUGGCGCUGGCUCUGCCGCUCCUGCUGCCGCUGCCUCCACCGCUGGUGCCGCCGCUGCCCCUGUUGCCGAGACCAAGAAGGAGGAGCCCGAGGAGGAGGCCGACGACGACAUGGGCUUCGGUCUCUUCGACUAG